AUGCGGUCUGAAGAAGAAACGCUGUUCACCUCCUUCUUACACAUGAUCUCGCAUAUACUCAACGCAUACUUGACAGCGUUUGUCGUCUUUACGGGAAUAUCGCUUAAUCUUUUCUCCAUCUACGUAUUUCUACGAUGCGAACGGUCCAGUGCCCCUGCUAUUCAGUACUACUUGGUCACCCUCACAAUAUGGCAGACGGCUUUACUUGCGAAUGCUUUUCUUCUUUACUCGUUUCCUCAUAUUCUAUUCGGACAUCUCGUAUCACAAGACAAUGAUUAUCAAAGAACAAUUGUAACAGAGGAUGAGGAUCGUGUACGCGUAAGGUGUGGCUGCGCAGCAACGAGGGGUAAUCGUAUCAAGAUUGUUCCUGUCAACCGGGUGAAACGACUAAUGGUGAUUGUGUCACUAUUGGCAGUGCUCUUCUCUUCUCCACGAUUCUUUGAAGUUCACGUUGUACAAUUUUGCAACAAAUACAAUGAAUGUGUUGCUGUAAUCGAUCGAACAGCGCUCUUCGAGGUGAGUGCUAUUCUGGUGCCUAUUACUGUGAUACAUUGUUGA